UGUGCUUGAAGUAGCUCUUCACCUCCAUUCUUACCGUGCUUAUUUCCCCGAAGUAUAACUCUUGAAUUUUAAAUUUUUUCAGAUAAUCAUGGAUUCAGACUUGUAAGUUGUAAUUGUAACUUAUAAAUGUAAAUCCGUGACCAGUGUUGGAAAACCUGUGACAAGAAAAUGAAGAAUACUCUGUUCGUGCUCGUUUUCGGAUUCGUCUGUCAAUUAGAAUCAGGGGAUGGCAGCGAAAGUGAAGUGCGGCAACAAAAUGAAAUAUGGCAGACAAAGAAAUUGAAGCCGGUUCACUAUGGAUCCCUUGAUGCAAAGGCGGUGAAUCUCCUAUUUGAAGAUUUCAUCAGCCAAUAUAAUAAACAAUACUUGAGCCCCGCAGAGAAGGAGAAGAGAUUGAAAAUAUUCUCGGAGAAUUUGAAGGAUUUCGACAGAUUGAAUGAUGCUGAGAGAGGGACCGCUCGCUACGGUGUAAACCAAUUUGCCGACAUGACAGUUGAAGAAUUCAAACAGACAAUGCUGACAUUGAGGAAAGAUGAAUUACCGAAGACAGAAAGUCGAUCCAGUGAUGAGCUGGGGCUGGAUGGUUUGAAAAUUCCCAAGAAUCUCGAUUGGAGAGAAAAAGGGGCGGUAACACCUAUUAAAGAGCAGAGGUACUGCGGUUCAUGCUGGGCGUUUUCGGCCGUUGCCAAUUUAGAGGGUCUGUAUUACAUAAAACACAAAAAGUUGGAGACUUUCUCGGAGCAACAGUUGGUGGACUGCGACCCUCUGUCAAAGGGUUGUAACGGUGGAUGGAUGUCGUAUGCAAUCGAGUAUGUGAAGCAGGCAGGCGGACUCCAGUCAACUCCUACUUACCCUUACAAAGCCAGACAAGGAAAUUGCUCUGCCGACGCAUCCCUUGCCGUCGUCAAGGUUAAAGAAAAUAUUGAGCUUCCCGCGAAAAAUGAGAAGAAAAUGGCCCAGGCCGUUUUCAAGCAUGGGCCCAUAUCGGUCGCUCUUGAUGCAAGAGCCAUGAGGGCUUAUCUAGAUGGCAUUGCGCACCCCCCGGAAACAAUGUGUGGCAAGGACGAAGAUACGCUCAAUCAUGGAGUCACACUGGUUGGAUAUGGCGUCCAAGUGGUUGACACGGGAAAUAAGAAGAAGACGCGGUUGCCCUACUGGAUUGCAAAGAACAGCUGGGGACCUAGAUGGGGCGCUAAAGGCUACUACUACAUAUAUCGUGGAGAUGGCUCUUGCGGAAUAAGUUUAUACCCAAGCACAGCUGUCAUUUAUUGAUUUAGACGACAAGCCAUGAUGCGGAGGCAAUGCAGCUCUGAAACUUUGAGUUUUUACUCGUCUUAAUACAGCCUUCCAUGUGUAACGAAAGAGGCUGCACGCAGUUGUAAAUUUUGAAACCUAACGUUUAGAUCAAAAUACAGAUUCCUGACUGGAAAAACAGUAUGAUUUUUUACCAUCUUUGCUCUCACAAAUAACCCAAACUACAAGACUUCUUGAUGAAAUUAUACACGUUUGUCACCAUCAAUUGGACGUAUUUAUGCUAAAAGGAACUAUGUUGUAUGCUAGCCUUAUGCACAUAGUUCCUUUUAGCAUAAGGAAGUCCAAUUAAUGAUACUAAAAAUUAGGGGAAAAACUUUUUAGAAACACUUAUGCGUAUGUUCUCUGUGAAGAUCAUGUGACAGGAUGGAUUCGAGUGCAAGAAAAAAAUCAUUGUUGUAUUUCAUCCGAUUAAAUUUCAUUAAAAGCA